AUGCCGAACACCGUCCUCUCUAGCAUGGCUCCGGCUGCCCAUAGUAGCGACAAGUUGUCCCUGAACCGAUCAAUGCUGGCUCCCUCGCCCACGCUGACGAACCCGGACAUGAUACUCCCUUACGGCGAAGAGCGCCAGUCCUCGACCCCGUCGCCGGCCCUCGAGGACCUGCAGCGGGCGGCGGAGCAGUCCAGGCUGCUCGCCAGCAGCUACUCGCUCAUGCACCAGCGCAGCACCUCCGUCUCGACCACCACCUCCUACGACCGAAACUCCUCCGGGCCGGACGAGCCUAUACAAUCCUACGCAGCAUACGGCACGGCAGAAGGGUCGCCGCAAGCAAUGGCCGGCCCCGGUGCGAGUGCGAGUGCGAGUGCGAGUGCGACUGCUGGUACGAAUGCGGGUGCUGGUGCUGUGAACGGGCCUAUGCGAUCAUCCCAGAUGUCGGAUAUAGAUCACACGAUACGGACCCAUUCCAGACGGCAGAGCAGAGCCAGCAGCACCAACAGCCUCGACAGUCUUGUAGAUCCCUCUGGUUCUGCUGGGCUCGGUGCAGGCAACGGCCUGUCCAAGCGGCAUUCGAAACUCAGGGAGCUGCAGGAUCUGCCGUCCGGGCUCUUUGAGCAGGAUAAAGCGCAUCCAGACGACGAAGCGGCGGGCGUGCUUGGAGGAGGCGCAGACGACCUGAGUGCUGUUGUCUUUGAGCCGGAGCACCGCAUUCUCCCCAUGGGCGCAAUCGCAGAGGAAGAUGAAGAUGGCGAGGAGAAGACCGAGAGCUCUGACAGGAGUGACAGAGUCUACGAUGAGCUCGACGAGCUGACCACUAUGCUGGAGAAUGCAAAGCUGAAGCUGACGAAGGGGGAGAGGCGCUCUCAGACAUCUCUUGCAGGCGCAUUGCUACGCCAAAGGGCCCAUCAGGGGUAUACCGGCAAUGCAUCUCAUCUUCGUGGACAGAGCGAUCUCUGCUCUCCAUCACAAUCGUCUUUCAACCGGCUAUCAGGGGUCAACGGCCAAUUUAGAUCAUUCAGUGCCCUGGGUUCAACCAGUGCUUCUGAGUAUAGGACUGGAUUCUAUUCCCACGUAGAGGAAGAAGAACAAGACGAUGACAAGGAGCCAACUACCGAAGCCAGCACAUUGGUCCCUGAAGUUACCACCGACAGGUCCAGGUCACUGACUCCCUCUUCACAGUCGGCGCCCAUACCCAAUGGACAGUCAAGGACAUCACCUCUUCCCAGUGGUGAUGUCAAGAGCUCGCCUUCAUCCUCAAAAUCUCUCCCGUUGAUCAACAAACCUGUUUCCCGCAGCCAGUCUUCAACUCCUCCAUCUCCUGCAAGUGCGCAUCUUCAAAUGCGUGGUCUACAGGGCCAAGUAGACGGGCUAAGAUCAAAGCUUUCCACGCUCAAAGAAAGGACUCGGGAGGAAUCGAUACGCAGACGUAGCCAGCAAAGCCUACGCACUCCAAGUCCGUUCACUGUAGCGGAUGAGAAUUACACCAAUCCUCUCGAAUACCAAAGACGGUCCUCGUAUCCAGAAACUCUUGCUACUCCUAACUACAACAAGCCACAGUCUCCUCCCCCCGCGCUCCGUGAAGAGACGCAUAAUACCCCAUGCACAUCGUCUCCAACUCUGCCUAACGAGGAAAAGCAACAGGAUAAUUUGGAAGACAAGGAAGAUGCUAAUUCUAUGACCGUACCCGGCCCCAUACAAGGCACCGCUGAAAGUCCCAUUGAAGGUCCUGUCGAAGAGCCUGUCGAGGGGCCAGUUGAAGAGCCAAUCGAGGAACCCAUCCAGGGCCCUGCUCCUCUAUCCCCAGCUGGCAAUGCUGCUAGGAAAACAGUUGAAGAAACAGAUGAAAGCGAGUCCGAAUACUUUGAAUAUUCGGAUAACGAAUCUGAACCUUCUGAAAUUGACAGACAAGAACUUGAAGAGAUACUACGAGAACCAAUGGGCAGCCCAACCGAAUCCGUAUACCAGGACAUCCUAGAAGAAUUCCCUUCUGUCCCACCAGUCCAGGAGACAAUCCGUCACGAGGACCGUAUCGAUGCCUUUGACUACGAGCAUUUCAUCCUUCACAGCGCGCUCGGAACGUAUUCGGGACGAGUGAACCGCUCAGGCAGUAUCUGCUCUUCUGGAUCAACUGAAACCACACGCCCGGAAGGCUGUGAAACACCAAAGAAUGGGUCGGGGUCGGGGUCGGCUCUUUCAAGGGUCACUAGCAGCGACUCGAUUUCAACAGAUGCCACCUUUGCUACCGCAACUGAGGGAGACUAUGGAUACCUUGACGCUCUGACUUCACCCAAUGGCAAUGGAACCUACUGGGGAAGAAACCGACCUUCAAACAGGUUAUCCCGUCAAUUCACGGACGAUUCAUUGACCCUCCCCACCCAGCAAUAUUACGACAGUACAUCAACCUUUUCCCGCACACAAUCAGCCUCCUCAACGCCUCGUGCCUCUAUAUCAUCAGUCACUGCCGCAAAGGAUGAAAACGCCGCACUAUUAGCCUCCAUCACCGAACUCAAAAAGGCCGCGGCUACUCCCCAAACUCCAGGCCUCCUUGUUCGAUCUAUCCUCUCCUCCGCUGCCAAUGAGAAGGCCAGCGACGCCUCUGCACUAUAUUCUCCCCAGACUGGCAGUCUAUGCGAUGCUGAUUCCGAACUUGUAGAAGCAGUCAUCCAAAGUCUUGGAAACGUGAGUCUUGAGCUCCUUCGAGCUUCAACGGCCGACCUUCAAUCUCCCAUCGAUAACCGGAUCGCCACCAUUCUACGGCGCAGACUAGAUGCUGCCCGGAGGAUAUUGGAUGGUAUUGCACCAUUAGAAACCAACCCCUGA